AUGUCCGACGAACGACUAGUCGACACGCAGACGACGUUUGCGUCGUUUGCGAAUAUCCUCGAUCAGCGCGUCCUCCGCGCGCUUGCCGAUCUUGGGUUCGCCCGCCCGACGCUCGUGCAGGCGAAGGCGAUUCCCCUCGCGCUGGAGAGCCGCGAUAUACUCGCUCGGGCGCGCACGGGGAGCGGGAAGACCGCCGCGUACUGCGUACCACUGGUGCAGAAGAUCCUCAACCUGAACGCCAAAAGUGUAGGUACGUCUCGCCGGGCGGAAGCACCGGCGACGCGCGCGCUGAUCCUGGUGCCGACAAGGGAGCUUGCCGAGCAGGUGAAUGGGCACCUGAGGAAGCUGUUGGCGUAUUGCGAGGGCGAGGUGUCGGUGAUCAAUGUUGCGUCGGGGAAUACGGCGGGGUUGCAGAGGACCCUCAUCUCCGACACCCACCACAUCGUGAUUGCGACGCCCUCGCGUGCGCUCGCCUUCCUCCAGUCCAAAGCCCUCUCCCUCUCUGCCCUCGACUCCCUCGUGAUCGACGAGGCCGAUCUUAUCCUUUCGUACGGCCACGAUGAAGACGUGCGCGGGAUCUUCAACGGCGGCUACCUCCCGAAGGUCUACCAGUCCUUCCUCAUGAGCGCGACCAUGACCGAGGACGUCGAGAUGCUCAAGGGGCUCGCGCUGAGGAACCCGGCCAUCCUCAAACUCGAAGAAGACCCCGCAGCGGCGAACCUCACCCAAUACGCCGUCCGCUGCACCCAGCGGGACAAGUUCCUCCUCACCUACGUGAUCCUCAAGCUGAAGCUCAUCCACGGGAAGUGCAUCAUCUUCGUAAACGAUGUGGAUCGGUGUUAUCGGUUGAAGCUCUUUCUGGAGCAGUUCUCGAUCAAGAGCUGCGUGCUGAAUAGCGAGCUGCCGUUGAACAGUCGGUAUCACACCGUGCAAGAGUUCAAUAAGGGCGUGUACGACUACAUCAUCGCGACGGACGAGAGCGGUUUGGGCGAGCGGGACGAGGAAGAUAUCGAGCGCGAGACGGAGGCAGAGGCAGCCGGUGAAGAGGAGGCAGAAUCGAGCGAAGACGAAGCCGUGGAGAACGGCGACGAAGCGGCCGAGGACGCCGAGGAAGACGAUGGCUUCACCUCCGCCCAACGCACCACCUCCCCCGCCCCCAAGAAGCGCAAGCGCGCCGCGACCCCGCCACCGGCCUCGCGCAAAAAGGCCAAGCCCGACCCCCCUUCCGCCUCCUCUGCCGCCUCGCCCCCGACCAAGGCCAAAAGACCCCGCGCCUCCGACCGCGAGUACGGCGUCACCCGGGGCGUCGACUUCCUCGACGUCGCCGCCGUGCUCAACUUCGACCUCCCCGGCUCCGCGCGCGCGUACACGCACCGCGUCGGGCGCACCGCGCGGGCCGGGCGGGCGGGGAUGGCGCUGUCGUUCGUGUCGAGGCCCGAUCUGAGUGACAAGGACCCGGUGAACCGGACGCUGGGGCGGCGGGACGAGGAGGUGUUCGCGCGGAUCGAGCGCGAGCAGGGCGCGGGAGCGGUGAAGGAGUACAGGUUCGACAUGCGGCAGGUGGAGGCGUUUAGGUAUCGGAUGGAGGAUGCGCUGCGGAGCGUGACGCGCGUGGCGGUGAGAGAGGCGAGGGUGCGGGAGCUGAAGGCGGAGGUGUUGGGGAGCGAGAAGUUGAAGGCGCAUUUUGAGGACAACCCACUCGACCUCGAAUUCCUCAAGCACGACCGCGCGCUGCAUCCGCAGCGCGUGCAGCCGCAUAUGAAGUUUGUGCCAAAGUACUUGAUACCUGGCGGUGUUGCUGCAGAAACCGCGCAAGCCACCGGAGAGGGCAGCAAGGGCCCUGGAGACGUCGGCUUUGUACCCUUCAAGAAGGACAACGGCAGGGGACGUGGCCGCGGGCGGGGCGGGGGAGGCAGAGGAGGGCGUGGGGGCCGCGGUGGAGGCGCGGGCAAACGCAAGUCGGAUCCGUUGAGGAAGUUUGGGCGGUGAUAGGGGGUUAUCUGUAUUCUGCAUAUAUUAGGUAUGAUUGUCUGUAUGCAUACGGGAUGGGGGGCGUCCAGCUUGGGACUUUCAUGUGAUUCCUGGCUGGAGUUCAACUGUCGUCACGUGCACCGGCUCCGCCGUCACGCCGCAUGUGACUUGUCGUAACUUCGUUCUCGU